UUCAAUCCCGGUAUUGACAUUCUUCCCAAGCAGGUGGAGGAGUUGAAGCUGAGAAGUGGUGCUAUCUUCAACCUCUUGUGUGUUGGACAAAGUGGGUUGGGGAAGACCACUUUUAUCAAUACGUUGUUUGGGACUUCUGUGCUUUCAAACGUUUGGCAAGAGGUUGAGUACAAGCAGCCCAAUGUGUCCUUUGCAAAGACAACACGAGUCGUUGCACACAAGGCACAUCUAAGAGAGGAUGGCUUCAACUUGGAUUUCACAGUCGUUGACACGCCCGGGUUUGGAGAUUACAUCGAUAACCAGUUUGCCUAUCUUGCCGUGACAGAUUACAUCGAUGAACAGUUGAGGCUUUACAUGUUUCAGGAGGAGCAACCGUAUCGGGACGAAAAGGUUGAUAACAGAGUGCAUCUGUGUCUUUUCUUCAUCAACACAAGCUCAAGAGGCAUCUCUCCGGGGGAUAUCGAGGCGAUGAAGCAUAUCUCUAGUAGAGUUAAUUUGAUUCCUGUGAUUCCCAAAGCAGACACCCUAACAACCUCUGAAAUUGCUGAGAUGAAGAGAUUGGUCCAACAGAUUAUUACAACGCAGGGGAUAAAGAUUUGUGACUUUAUCGAUGAUGAGUCCUUGAAGCAAAGCGUUACAUCGCAGGUUCCAUUCACACUCAUUGGAUCCGAGUCUUAUGUUUACUCCACAGAGGCAGAGUCAUCUGUGUUGGGUAGAAAGUAUCGUUGGGGAAUUGCCGAAGUUGAAAACCCUGAACAUUGUGAUUUCAUCAAGUUGAGGGAUUUGCUAAUGGCCUCCAACAUGGUUGACUUGAUAUUGAGCACCGAACUGUACUACGAGAGUUGCCGUUCCAAGUUGAUCAGGACGAGGGUUAAACAAGCCAAGGAGAUGUUUGCAUCAGAUAACUCGUUGGCAAACAUUGAUUUCGUUAAUCCAGAUCUGAAUUCAUUAGACAUUUGCAAAAUCCUCUGUAAAUUUGGUAAGAAACAAGUUGACGAGUUGGUUGUGCAAUGGAGUCCAAUAUUUGUUCAAAAGCAGCUCAUAAUGAAGAAGAGGUAUACUGAGAUCAUUACACACGAGGAGAAGAAGUUCAAAGAUUGGAAGCGGGCAUUAUUCGCCAAACAGUCUGCAUUCAAUCAAGAGAUUGAUGAGCUACAAAAACAGGUUGCUGAGCUAUCCAAGGAUAUCCAUAGACUCAAG